UUUUGUUCAUUUCAUCACACUAUAUGCGUAUAAAAUUUGUUUCGUCUAAUUUCAUUAGUUUACAUGUGUAUAAUGAUUUUGCAGAAAUGAUCAAUACGAAUCCAUAUUGUAAUAUUGAAAUAUUAAAACAAUUAAUUCCAAUAGCAAAAUCUUGACAAGGUAAUAAAAUGGCUUGAAAAUGAAGAACGGAUCUAAAGAAACUUUGGAGGCUAAAAUUGCUAAUAGCAAUGAGCAGGCCAAAAAACUGUAUAGCUAUGUUACCGACGUAGCCAGGCGCGUUGGCGAGACCACAACAUCCAGUCGAUCCAUCCCUGAUCUUUUUGCCACCCAUCUUGAAGUACAACGUCAGAAACUAAGGGAUAAUUGUGAAAAGUUGCUAUUUCUGGAUCCACUGAACUAUGGGAAAAAAGCAAUUGAAUUAUUGUGGAGAAAAGUUUACUACGAAAUUGUUUGUAUUGCAAAAAAAUUGCAAGAAUCUGACACUGAAUAUGACAGUUACCUGUUUACACAUAUAGUGUGUGGAAUAGGUCAUUUUCAACAUCUAAUCACAAGAAUACAAUCAGAAAUUAAAGUCUAUUUCAAAGAAUUAGAUUACAUUCCACUGCAUACAGAUGAGGAAAUUGGGGAAUUGAACCAAACUCCAGAUGAUGAAGAGUUGCAAUUUAGAAAAUUUGCACUGCAUUCAUGUUUGAUUUAUCUAGGAGAUCUAAGUCGAUAUCAAGCAGAAAUAUUUCAUACCUUUGAUUCAUCAAUUGCAGCACGCUAUUAUCUCCAAGCUGCACAUAUUGACAAGUCCUCAGGAAUGCCUUAUAACCAAUUGGGUAAUCUUUAUUUGGACAAGAAUUAUAAUUUGGACUCUGUGUGUUAUUAUAUUCAUUGUCUAAGUUGUGCAUCACCCUUUGACGGUGCUAUGGGCAAUUUAUUAAAAAUAUUUGAAAAGAAUUCACAAUUCUGUGAAACUUUAAAUGUGUCUGAGACUUUGACUCAAACAGAGCACAUUCAAAAUACAAUUGCAAAUUUUCUUUCUUUAAUUGAAAUUUGGUAUUUUGGAAAUAAUGACGCUAAUAUUCCACAAAAAUGUAAUACAAUUGCUCAUGAACUUAAAAUUGCUCUGGACUUUAACAAAUCUGCAUUACCUGAUAUAAAUAAAAAUUAUGAUGAUUACAUACAGGCUAUAGAAGAGGAGAGCAUUAAUCCAUCUUAUUUUAACUGUAAUCUUGUUCAUAAAACAGUUCUUAUUUGUCUUUUGACAUUAACAAAAAUGGUUGAAACAGAUGAAUCAAAAGCAUUUGCAUGUAAAGCUUUUACUCUGGCUUUACUGUCACAGUUAUUACAGAAACUUUUACAGCAGAUUGAAGCAUUUGGACUUAAAAAUCCAUCUCAUAAUUAUAGGGCGAAAGUUUUUCAUACACAGCAUUCCAAAGAGGAGCAGGUAAAAGAAAUUGAAACAAAGCAAGAAUCUAUUGUGUUUGAAAAAAAUCUUGUCACUGGUGUUAGUAUUGAGGAUAGUAAAGAAGAAACUCUGGAAAUGGUAGUUAUACUUGAAGAUAAUGAAAAGCUCCAAAAUGGUGAUCCAAAAAGUAACAGUAAAAAGACGCCGGCUAAACGACGUCGUCGAAGGCGCAUAGCUUCGUCAGAAAGUUCUGACAUGAGUGAUGCAGAUACAGAAAGUAGUGAAGUAGACACUAAUGAAUCAGAAUCUGGUGAUGAAACAUCUGAUUCCACUUAUGACUCUGAAGAUGUUGAUGUUAAAAGUGAUGAUUCAGUGUAUGAUGGUACUGAUACAGAAGAAUUUGAUCCAAAAUUGAAUGGAAAUGUUGAAAAAGAGAAACUAAAAGACAUAAAACAAGAUGCGGAAUUAAAUGGAGAUGUUUCAGUAAAACCUACUGAAUCAAAUAAUAAAGAUGAAUUACUUCAAAUUCAAGAUAUUCAAAAUUUUCUACUUGGUAAUAACUUUUUACCAAGUAUAAAAUUAUUGCAAGAUUGGAUUCUUUCAGAAAAAGAUUUAAUACUCUCUUGUGGUGAUAGUGGGGAAACUUUAUUUCAAUGUGUUGUAGACUUGCUGAAUAUAUUUUCUCAUUAUUUUAAAUCUAAAAGCGAAGUCUAUGAAAACAAGGAUUGUAAAGUACUAAAGUAUGCGAAACAUGUUGCUGAAAAACUUAUGUUUGAGUAUAAAACAAUACCUUUGCCAGAAGAUGUUAAUUUGCGAGGCACAAAUAUUUGCAAAUUUGAUAAAGAUGCUGCAGAAUGGCAAAUCCUAGAUAGAUAUACACCUUCAGUUUAUGAAGAGAACAUUAUACGAAUCUUAAACUUUAUAGAUUUUGGGAAUCAAAUAGCAAAGGUUGUACCACGCAUCAGAUUCAACAGAAUUAUGAAAAUAUUUUACUUGAAGAAAACUCAAUCUCCUAAACUAAAUACCAAACUUAACCACAAAAGAAGCAGGGAAUGGCAUAAUUCUAAAAAACAGCAUACGGAAUCGGAGGUCAAUGAGGUCGGGACCGGAGCUGGAGGUAUGAGUGGUCUACCGCGACGUUUGGGACGGCUGUGGCUGGCGUCUCAAGUCCGCGAACUAGAGCGGAGCGGACGCGCCGCCGCCGCAGCAACACCGGUACUCCUCGUAUUAGACACCGCUGCGCUCAACAUUCAUCUACGCAAAGUCAAACACCUGCUGCGCGCACGCAACUUUAUUCUACUUGUUCCAUCUGUUGUGCUACAAGAACUUGACGAUUUGAAACGAGAACAGAGCAGUGCGCGCGAUGCCAUCCGUUGGCUUGAGAUCCAACUAAAAAGUGGGUCACGGUUCUUACGGGCUCAACGACCUGGGCAAUCAAGGCCAUUACCGUUACUUAAAUAUCCUCGUAAAGCACCUCCACAUAUUCUUAACUAUUUGCAAAUAUUGGAAUUCUGCAAUCAUUUCACAGCAGACGAGAAACAAACCCAGGGAGGCAAUGGUGACCCUGAUAGUUCGGUCCAAGGAAAAUCUACACCAUUGCUUAUACUACUAGUAGGGAAAGAACCCGGUAGUGACGAGCAACACAAAGAAUUUAGUAUGACAGGCGCUGCUCAAGCAACUGGUAUAUCUAUGGAGCACAUUGGCGAUUUUUAUACAAAAUGGCGCCAAAGCGUUCACAAGAACGGCAAGAAGAGAUGAACAAAACUUUAUCGUAAUGAGGUUUCGACUGCACCGAAGGGAAAGGACAGCGACGCUCUUCACUUUGGAUUGCGAAUUCAAUCAUCUUGGUCCGAAAGAUAAUGGUUGAUAUUAUUGCGCAAUAACUUACGUUGAGCGUAUAUGUGUCAAAAAUAAUAUCGUCAGGCAAAAACAGUUCGAAUUAAUUUGAGCUCAAGAUAUGCUUACGAUAAUUAUUAUUAUCAAUGGACGUCAAUGAAAUAUCGGUAGUAACAUUAUCAUUACACAUUUUUCACAAAUUCAUUAUUUAUCAUUUAUUAUGAUUUACGUCGUAAGUGUAAUUACUUCCUACCAUUCGACAUUUUGGGGAUAUCAUUCAUUCUAAGUUCAGUCUUCAUUAUUAUAGGUAUUCAUCAUUCAUUUAAAUAUAUCCAUAUCGAAUGUAUGGGGCUUUAAGUUACAUACUUUUGUCUUGUAUAUUUGAUUUCAUUAUUUUAAAAUAUAAUUUUCAUUUGAUUAAAUAUGUUGUUAAAC